AUGAUUCAAGUUGGAAUAUGGCUUAUUGCCUCGGCACUGAUACUCAUUAUCGUCAUGAGCAUAUUGGCUGCCUGGAAACUUCGGAAACAGAGUAUGAAACGGAAAUUGAUCAAAGCGAGACUGGACUACUUCAAUAACGGAAAUUCGGUGACUUUGAAUCCAGAUGUGGCUGUGAGUGAUCAGGCUGAGUUACUGCCGUACUUGAAGAAAUACGAGUUCCCUCGAAGUCUGCUUACACUGGGUGACAUACUGGGAAGCGGGGCAUUCGGAGUGGUGAGAAAAGGACAGGCGAAGACCAUUCGCAGUCGGGAAGUUGUGACGACAGUCGCUGUAAAGACGGUCCGAGCGACAGCCAGUCUGGACUGCAUGACAGCCCUUCUUAGAGAACUCAGGAUCCUCUGCUACCUCGGUGAACAUUUGAACCUCGUCAGUCUUCUCGGUGCCUGCACGAAAAAUCUAGAAUACGGCCAGCUGUUCGUCAUCGUAGAAUUCUGUCGUUUCGGAAAUCUACAUGACUACUUGUUGCGUCAUCGACGUCGCUUUGUGAAUCAAUUGGAUGCCGAUACUGGAGAGAUCCGUGAUCAAAACCAAGUUGGAGAUGUGAUCGAACCCAACGAUCAGAGUGAAGGAUCAGGGCCACGGUGCAAUGAAAAUCUAGAGGUAGGCGAAUCCAGUGAUGGCAGUGAUUCUAGCUGCGUAGGUGUGACGGCAGACGGCGUCGUGACUGACACGGAAUCAGAGAAACCAAAGCUGAGAUUGAGAUACCCGGGCGAUUACACCGGAAUCGAUACAGAUCCGAUACGCACGCGAGACUUGGUGUGUUGGGCUUGGCAAAUUUCACGUGGCAUGCAGUAUCUCAGUGCAAAGAAGAUAUUGCACGGGGACUUGGCGGCCAGAAACAUUCUCCUCUCGGAUAAUAAUGUUGUAAAAAUAUGCGACUUUGGCCUGUCGAAGUCUCUCCGUGACGAAGAGAACUUUAAGAACAACGAGGGUGGUCCCCUUCCGGUGAAGUGGAUGGCUAUCGAGUCUCUCAGAGAUCGAGUAUUUUCAACGAAAUCGGAUGUUUGGUCCUACGGAGUCGUCUUGUGGGAACUCUUCUCACUUGGCAAUACUCCGUAUCACGGGAUAAGGCCGCACGAUAUGUGCCAAACUCUGAUCGACGGUUAUCGUAUGGAGCGACCGGAGUACGCGCCUCAGAGUUUAUACGAUUUAAUGUCAAGCUGCUGGAAGGAGGAACCAUCGGAACGACCUUCGUUCGAAUCUCUCGCCUGGAAAGUUGCUGAGAUGAUAGACGAGCACGUGAAAUCGUAUUAUCUUGACUUGGGCAAUCCUUACACUGAGAUGUACGCUGAUGCCUGGAAACGUGAGAGGGAGACCGUGAUUCACGGCGAUGAACCUGCUGUCUGUGAAGAGACUCGGCUUUGAACGUAACCGUAAUGUCACCGUAAACGCCUUCCCUGCCGAAAAUGUUCAUGUGAUGAUUCAUAAGAUGUUACAACUGAAAUCAUUGUGUAAUUCAUCACAAGAUUUAUCUUGUAAAUUCGAGAAAAAUAUAUACAAAAUCACGUAAUAAAUUACAAAAGCACGAAUCACGAAAUAUGCUAUAUCAAAAAUUUUUAUGAUUCGUGUUUUCGUGAUGCAUUACGUCAUUUUUAUACAUUUUUCUCUAAUUUACAAGAUGUAUCAUAUAAUAAAUUACACGUCAAUUUCAGUCAUAGCAUUAUAUGAUUCAAGACAUGGUCAUUUUCAGUAGGUUUACUAGUUCAUGAAUAAUCAGAUUGACUCCAUCAUCACUUCACUAACUGAUCAAAAGGAGCUAUCUGAACAAUUUUGGGUAACAUAGUACAAGUUAAGAAAUUAGAAAUAAUUACGUUUGAACUUUUUGAAAAAAUUCUUAUGAUAGAAGAAUUUUAAUGCCUAAAACGUAAGAAGAUUAUACAAAAAUAAAUAAAUAAAAUAAGAAAAAGUGGUAAAACUUUGAAGAUGACUUCAACAAUGAGACGACCGUUCUACAGUACUUACCUCUGUCGCGUUACGUUGCCGACAGUAAAGCGCAUUUCGUAACAACACGUACAUUCAAAUUUGACACUGUGAUCAGUUCACAAAAUCAGUGAACUUUCAGAUUUUCUAAUAUUCAUCUAUUCA